AUGACACAGGCCAGAAAAGCUCUCAACGUUUUGGAAUCGACUUCCGCGUUUGUCAAGGCUGGGCUCUUGGAAAAGCCGCCAGUGUGGAUGAAGGUGGUGGCCUCCAACCCGCCACAGAAGGACUUUACCAAAUUUGCGCUUAGAACGAAGCAACAAACCACCUCUGAAAAGCCGACUCACAAGUUGUACCGGACCAGAACCGACCCACAUGCGGCAAAAACAAAAUUCUUCAAGCCACAGAAGUUGCGAUUCUUGGAGGACGACUUGAGAAAGUUGUUUUUCCAGCAGCACCCGUGGGAGUUGGCCAGACCAAAGAACAUCAUCGAAAACACCGGUGACGACGAGGCAUUCUUGGACUGGGACACCAUCAAGCAGGUGCUGAAGCCGUUGGACGGUGAGAGCGUUGUCCAGAGAACGUUGCACUUGGUUAAGAAUAAAGACAACAAACUUUCGAUGAUUGAGGCCUACGACCAGGCCAGACUCGAGUUCUACCGUGCCCGAAUCGAACAGGAAAUCGAGCAGCAGGUCACCUUGGAAGAGAGCUCCAUGUACGGCGCCGUCUUUACCAAGUCCUCCACGGACCUCGGCUUCGAGGCUGAGGCGCCAAAGAUUGCUAAGUGGAAGGAGGAAGCCUUGGAGCAGACCAGCUUAUUCCAAACCAGAUCCACCGCCCACAUCCACGAGUGGGCCUCCGAUGCCGCGGAGGAUACCGCCGAGGCUGUUGAGGAUGUUGCCGAAGCCAAGUAAAAGUAGACAUGGGUCUUGUAAAUAUAUCACG